ACAGCCAUGCGGCGGGCGGCGGCACGAGCUCGCGCGAGCCGCUGCCGGCCUCCGGCUCCGGCUCGCUGAUUGGCUGGUGUGCCGAUCAGCGUUCCCUUCCCCCGUAUCGCCGGGUCGCCCGCGCUAGCAGGCGGCGGGCCGGACUGGGCGUGUCAGUGCUCAGAGUGGAUUGUGAGGGUUGGGUGCGCGGAGACUGCUGAUUGUUGCUGCUGCUGUUUUCGUGCUGAUAUCGCUUCAUCGAGGUUCUGACGAUGGCCGCGCCGACCAGCCCCACGCUGAAGGACCUGCCCAAGGUGUCGCCCACCGUGAAAUCCGAGCUGGAGGGCUUCAGCGCCGACAAGCUGAAGCACACAGAGACCGUGGAGAAGGUGGUGCUGCCCACCAAGGAGGAUGUGCAGCAGGAGAAGACGCAUAACGCCCUGCUCGAGGGCGUCGAGAAGUUCGAUUCCGAGCAGCUGAAGAAGACGGAGACCCAGGAGAAGAACCGCCUCCCCUCUCCCGACGACGUGCAGCAGGAGAAGACGCACCAGAACCUGCUGACGGGCGUGGAGCACUUCAACAAGGACUCGAUGAAGAACGUCACCCCCGAGGAGAAGACCCACCUGCCCAGUCCCGAAGAGAUUCAGCAGGAGAAGAAGCUCCAGUCGCAUCUGGACGGAAUCGAGAACUUCGACGCCAACAAGCUGAAGCACGCCGAUACCGUGGAGAAAAACUCCCUGCCCACCGCGGAUGAUAUCAAGUCGGAAAAGACCGCCUAGGCUGGACGCGGAGUACCAUUCACCUUUCAUCCGGUCCUCUCGUCGUGUGCGUUCUAACCGCGAUCUGCCUGCGCUGGCCGCGACUCUACAGUGCCCCCUGGCCAGUGCUUUGGAACGGAGCUCGACCCGUGGCGCUGCUAAAGGCCAGUGGCGCGGCACCAGUGACUUGCGUAGGUGGCGCUAGUAUCACGUGAAUAGAUGUCGCUGGCGUAUUGGAAUGUUUACGGACCGUCCAAGACUUGUUAGCACUGGACAGAAGUGAAUAAUCAAAGGUGCUGUUAGUCUUUACUGUGAUCAAGUUUGCGGUCCUUCACAUUUACUCUAUGUAAGGUUAUACAGAAAAUCUUUCGCCUAUGAUUUCCUGUCAUGAUGUGCUGUGGAAGGAUUAUCUGCAUUUAGGAGCAAAUAAAUUUGUAUAAAAUGCUA